AUGGGAUGCGGUGCCGCAGAGCACCGGACUGGCACGCACCGGCCAGAGCUGCAGAUGGAGGGCAGAUCGGAGAACCAAGUCAUGCACUACUGGUUUUACUACGUCAGUCGAUGCCAACAGGCCGGCCUCAACGUCUACCCUCCGGAGGUGCAACAAGCCGCCGACGGACAACCUUUCCUCGACCAACCACAACCCAAAAGGCACAAGAGUCAGACUUCUUCGUUGCCGCAACAGCUGCCGGCGCCGCCGCCAUAUCUGCAUUCCGUCGGCUAUCCCAAUUAUCCCCUCGUCCCCACUCAUCUGGCGCAACCACUCGGUCCCGUUUAUCCUGUGAGGAUGGCAAUCCCUCCUCCUCCUCCUCCUCCUACUCCUCUUCCUUGUCUUCCUCCUCCUCCGGUCAUGGCUGAGGCAUCGUCCACCACCCAAUUCUGGGCGCCCAUCCUGUCAUUGUCGAAUCAGAAUGUUGAACAGGGGAUGCAGCCACAUCCGCUGGCGCUACCAUUGAGAAACACAACGGAACUUACCGAGAAUGACCAGGGCUUAGCGUCGCUCCUGCCACAUUCCAAUCAGAAUGUUGAACAGGAGAUGCAACCACAGCCGCCGGCGCUACCGUGGGAAAACGAGACUGAAAUUAACGAUGAAGACCAACUCUUGCCGUCGCUCCUAUGGCAGUCGAAUCAGAGUGUUGAACAGGGGAGUCAGCCCCAGCCGCCGGCGCUAUCAACGGAAAACGUAACUGAAUUUAAAAAGGAAGGACAACCCCUGACGUCGCUCCCGCCAAUGUCCAAUCAAAAUGUUGAUCCGGGGAGGCAGCCACAGCCGCCGUUUCUACCAACGGAAAACGCAACUGAAUUUAACGAGGAAGGCCAACUCCUGACGUGGCUCCCGCCAAUGUCCAAUCAAAAUGUUGAUCCGGGGAGGCAGCCACAGCCGCCGUUGCUACCAACGGAAAACGCAACUGAAUUUAACGAGGAAGGCCAACCCCUGAUGUCGCUCCCGCCAAUGUCUAAUCAGAAUGUCGAACAGGGGAGUCAGCCCCAGCCGCCGGCGCUACCAAUGGAAAACGCAACUGAAUUUAACGAGGAAGGCCAACCCCUGGCGUCGCUCCCGCCAAUGUCCAAUCAGAAUGUUGAACUGGGGAGGCAGUCACAGCUGCCGGCGCUACCAACUGAAAACACAACUGAAUUUAACGAGGAAGGGCAACCCUCGACGUCUCUCCCGCCAUUUCCCGAUCAGAAUGUUGAACAGGAGUGGCAGCCACAGUGGUUGGCGCUUUCGUUAGAAAACGCGACGGAAUUAAACGAGGAAGACCAGCCCUUGUCGUCGAUCUCGCCGCUGUGGGAUCAGAAUGUCGAACAGGGAAUGCAGCCACAGUCGCCGGCACCAUCGUUUGGAUACGGACACGAUUUUUUCGACUUGUGGGGCUUUUACUGA